AAAAGUGUCAAAACGGCCCACUCUCUAGACUCGCAACACAAGAAAACAGUUCUAACAACCGCCAGGUGCACCCUCUAUAUCCUAUAACCUCAAACACAACAUUCAAACGUCACAAUGAGUUUCCUUUUCGGUGGUGGCAAGUCAGCUGAGGGAUCUAUUGACCCCGCCAAGAUCGAAAUGGCCGCUGCUGAGCUCGAUAUGAUCACCGACGUCUUCAACCGACUCGUCAACUCUUGUCACACCAAGUGCAUUUCCUCCAACCCCCUCAACCACCGAUACGCCGAAGGAGACCUUUUGAAGGGCGAGAGUGUGUGUAUCGACAGAUGUACUUCCAAGUUCUUCGAGGUCAACAAGCAGGUCGGAGAACGUAUGUCUGCCAUGGGCAACGCUGCCCAGGCCAGUGGAAGCUUUAGCAGAUAAGAAAGGGAAGGAAAAUGGAAGGAGGAUAAUGAUCGAAAGAUGCCACAUGUACCACAUGAACCGCUUCGGGUACAGGUUGCACAGAUCAUGCGGGCCGGUAGCGUCCAUUUGCUGGUCUACGGAUUCAAGGCGGACACGACAUGUGCGGUCAUGUAAAGAGAUGGUACAA